GGGGAAACGAGGGGUGGGUUGCAUUCAUAAGCGAUGACUGCCACAGAGGUGUUUGGACCCAGAUCUGAGGAUACGACGAGUCUGGCGCUGCUGCCGCCGCCGCUGCUGCUGCUGUCACCCCGUGGAUGUGGGGGAAUGAGACGCGCUUCGGUUCUGUAGUUGACGCUCGCUGUUUACGCACAAAGGCUGCCCGGGAUGCCUGUGACUGUCCGUCAGUAGAUCCGCAGAAACGCGACACAAGAAGAAGAAGAAGAAAAAAAAAAACGAAGCCCCCUCUCUCCGGACUCCGUUUCGACAAUCUACCGGGCGGCUACCGGAGGAUGUUUCAGCAAGGAUGCUGCGCUUCCCCGUGAAGAAGAUCAGGAAGCAGUUCAAGCUCCUGCUGCUGCUGGUGCUGCUCACCUCCGCAGUGUGGUUCACCUACCUGCACAUCAACCAGGGCAAGACCAUCAAACUGCACUUCAACUACGGAAAAGAUGGAGAGAGACAGACGGAGGGGACGGAUGCCAGCCGAAAGAGGGACGCUCGCUCCUCAGCCGGACAUCACAAGAGUGAAGACACCAGCGACAGCAGGGAGGACGAGGCAGCAGAUGACGAGCCAAUCACAGGAGGGGCCGAUGGCAGAGACCAUACUCGCAUUCGGAAGUUCCUCAGCCAGCAUCACAAGAAAUUACCAUGGAAACCAGAGUUUAAGGGCCAGGCCAACCUCCAUGUGUUUGAGGACUGGUGCGGCUCCUCUGUAGCCCAGCUCAGAAAGAACCUGCACUUCCCCCUCUACCCUCAUACCAGAACCACGGUGAAGAAGCUGGCGGUGGCUCCGAAGUGGAAGAAUUACGGCCUGAGAAUAUUCGGCUUCCUCCACCCUUACAGAGACGGUGACUUCCAGUUCUCCGUGUCGUCUGAUGAUAACUCCGAGUUCUGGCUGAGCCCCGACGAGAGUCCUCUCAACGCCCGACUGCUGGUCUACGUGGGACAGCUGGGUACAGAAUGGACCGCUCCGGGCGAGUUCAGCAAGUUCAGGUCCCAGUCCUCCAAGUCUGUGCAUCUGAUCUCGUCCAGACGAUACUACUUCGAGAUCCUUCACAAGCAGGAUGACAAGGGCUCGGAUCACGUGGAAGUCGGGUGGCGUCCCUUCCUUCCCGGUCUGAAAUAUGAAGUGAUCGACUCGGCCUACAUCUCUCUGUACACAGAUGAGUCCAAUCUGAAGAUGAACAGCGUGGACCACAUCCCACAGACCUUGGCCAGUCACAUCCGUCUCCCGGAGGAGUCUCAGCCCCAGGGUCUGGAGGGAGGCAGCGUCGUGCUGCAUGGAGCCGAUAUGCUGAAGCCGGAUCCCAGGGACACCUUCUACAGCACGCCGAUGAUUGACCCCUCUCGCAUGGAAAACGUUCUCCCGGCCUGUCUCUACUCUCCAACCUACGUGGUCAAAGAUUUUCCCAUCGCCAGAUACCAGGGCCUGCAGUUUGUCUAUCUGUCUUUCGUCUACCCCAACGACUUCACACGUCUCACCCACAUGGAGCGAGAGAACAAGUGCUUCUACAGAGAGUCCCCGAUCUACUUGGAGAAGUUUGGUUUCUACAAAUAUAUGAAGAUGGAUGAGGAAGAAGAUGACAGACCAUUCUUCUUCCCCAACCCAGAUGACUUCCUCGAGGAAGAGGAGGUGGUCGAUACGGAGGACGAAGCAGAGAUCAUUGGCACGCAGCCGCCCAGAAAGCCAUCUCAUCCCAGCCAGACCAGCCACACCUCAAACCCGUCCCAUCAGCACUCAAAGCCGGGGCCCACGCAAGCCGGCAGAGAGGAGGAGGAAGAGGAGGAAGACCCCAACGAAGAAGAGGAAGGAGCAGUCGAUAGCAUCAUACACCGCAGAGAAAGGAGACACUUUCCUCACGGCGACCGACAGAUGGGUAGGGAUUUGGACAGAGACUGGGGAAGAGAUCACACCAAGGGGAGUGUAAGACAGGACCCCAGGAUGGGCGUUAAGGAGGCCCAACCCAGGGCUCAUCAGCCCGAUAUGGACACUGUGGUCCGGGGUCGCUCUCUUUCCUGGAUCCACUCUGAUCCUGCAGAGCUGGAGCCUGUCAGGAAAAGCGGGGGAACAGGUGGUGCAGGAGUGGAGAAAGGAGGUGAAACCCGGCCCAAGCUGAGCAAGUCUUCACUUCUUUUCCCCCAGAAGUCCUCCCUCUCUGCCCUCGCCAGCCGGGCCAGGCAGAUCCUCAGCAACUCCGCCCACAGCAACAACCUCCACGAUAGCAACAAGCUUCCUGGAAACAAGAAAGAGAAGAAAGAAGAGAACAAGAUCUACAUCACCAGACCGAGGCCCGCCAAGGAGCGAGAGAAGGAGAGGGAGAGGGAGCAGCGACGAGAGAGGAGGGAGGAGAGGAUGUCUCGCCACCCCAGGGAGGUUUUUCCAGGUGUGUUUUUGUACCAAACUGGGAAGACCACAAGGCUGGUCAACCUGGGUGCCAAAGGACAUGGUGGAGGAGGUGUAACAGGAGGUAGGAGCCUGAUAAGUGCCCCUCAGCUCUGGCCCAACCCUCCUACAAAAGAAGGUAAGGCGUCUCCUCACAAUGGAAGCAUCAACCUACAGAAUGAGAGUGUACAUAAGUCUUCAAGCAAGGCAACAGGGGCAAAACAACCAGAGAAAAGCAAGAGGAAAGGCGAGCACCGGGAUUUAAAGACUACCGUCACGACAGAUGUGUCCAGGAGAGGAGACCUCCUGAUCCGCCUGUCCAAUCACCAAGAACCCCCUCCUUCUCCGGUUACCCCACCAAGGGCAAACUCCACCGAAAAUACAAUCCAAGGUCAGUCAAGGGUCACGUCUUACCUCAGGACCUCAGAGAUUACAGAGUCCCAGCAGCAGCCAGACCCAGAACCCAACCUGGCCGACAUCGACCGAGAUACAAACCGCUCUAGCCCCGACCCCGAUCCCGAGCCGGAACCGGAGGAGGGCGAACUGUCGGACUACAGCUACGAGGAGGUCGAGGCUCGGCCGGGCUGGGCAGAGGAGAGCAUCAACUGGCAGAGGACUUUCUCGGUCAAUCCGAUGGACUUUGAGCUGCUGCGCUCUGACUGGAAUGACCUGCGCUGCAACGUGUCUGGCAACCUGCAGCUGGCGGAGAGCGAGGUGGUGGACGUGCUGGCGCAGUACAUGGAGAAGCUCAACGAACGCAACGGAGGGAUCUACACCCUGCUGCGAAUCAUCAAUGUGGAGAAGCGGCGCGACUCGGCGAGAGGGAACCGCUACCUCGUGGAGCUGGAGCUAAUGGAGAGGGGCCGCAGCGUGGUGCGUCUGUCAGAAUACAUUUACCUGCUGCUUCACCGCGGCAGGCAAGGAGAGGAAAGUCUGGAGAACACUGACUCUGCCCCAGCCUCGGCACCGGCGUCGGCGCCUUCCUCCGCCACGCCCAGCGUCACCACGCCGCCGCCGCCUCCUUCUACGAGGUCCCCCGUCCGGCCGGGAGCGACGCCCUGGAGCACUGCCUACGCUAAGCCUCUGCUCUGCCAGCCGGUCAUGCUGCAGUGGAGGAGGGAUGUCAUGGUGCACUUUGUGGUGCCAGUGAAAAACCAGGCUCGCUGGGUGCAGCAGUUUAUCUCUGACAUGGAGAAUCUUCACCGGCAGACAAAGGACGACAAUUUCAGCAUCAUCAUCGUCGACUUUGAGAGCGAAGACAUGGACGUGGAGCAGGCGCUCAGGGAGAGCAGCGUGCCGAGAUACGAGUAUCUUAGGAGAGAAGGGAACUUUGAGCGCUCAGCAGGACUGCAGAUUGGAGUGGACACUAUUGAGGACAGUCACAGCAUCGUGUUCCUGUGUGAUUUGCACAUCCACUUCCCCCUCAACAUCUUGGAAAGCAUCAGGAAGCACUGUGUGGAAGGACGUCUCGCUUUUGCUCCCAUUGUCAUGAGACUCAGCUGUGGGAGUUCACCACAGGAGCCUGACGGUUACUGGGAAGUAAACGGUUUUGGCCUGUUUGGAAUCUACAAGUCCGAUUUUGAUAAGAUCGGCGGGAUGAACACAGAGGAGUUUAAAGAUCGCUGGGGCGGAGAAGACUGGGAGCUUCUGGACAGGGUUCUACAGAAUGGUUUGGAAGUAGAGAGACUACGCUUGAGGAACUUCUUUCACUACUACCACUCCAAAAGAGGCAUGUGGAAUGCCCAGAACAAGAAAACUCCUAAAGGAUAG